UACAUGCGGUUCUUUGUCUUGAACUCUUCCAUUCCUACUUACCAAAAAAUACAUACAAAUUUGUUAAGUGAAAGUUGGUAGCUAGUCGUUUGAUUUUAGGUGCCCAAGAUGAAGGCCGCAAGCCCACAUUUAGAUUCAAAUGAGAGAGACGUGCAGGAAAUGAACCCCGAAAGCACACCCAUGGGUUCAAUAGAGGAUAUAAAUCCUAUCAGGCAGCAGGAGUCGGUCACAAAACCCUCAACCAGUUCAUAUGUUCCUCAAUCAUCAUUCCAUCAGAAACUCCCAUGUGGAGAUCUACUUGGAAAUAGAGAGCAGUACAUCAGAAUUUGCGCUCCUCUCUAUAAUGCAGCAAGCAUUGGUGAUUGGGAAGCUGCCCAAGUCAUUUUUGGGAAACAUAAAGAUCUAAUUCUGGUGGAGUAUGCUAUCACUGAAAAUUAUGAUACUGCACUUCACAUUGCAGCAUCUGCAAAAAACAGCAAGUCGGUGGAUAAGUUUGUACAAAAUCUAGUGACUAUGAUGACAGAGAAACAGUUAGAACUUACCAAUAAAAAUGACAACACUGCGCUGUGCUUAGCAGCAGCAGCUGGAAAUGUCAAAAUUGUUAUGACUUUGUUGGACAAGAACCCGGCCCUGGUGGAUAUCCCUGGUAGUAAUGGAAUGAUGCCACUCUACAUGGCUUCUUUAUUUGGACGAAGUAAGAUGGUUAAUUAUCUGUAUGAUAAAUCUGGGCAGAUGUCUAGAUAUGGCUGGACAGAUCAGAAUCGCAGUUGGGUUCUCCAGAAAUGUGUGGAAGCAGAUCACUUUGAUAAUGGAACAAAAUAUGAAUCCCACUUACAUUACAAUCAAGAGAUACUUUCAAAGCUAAUGCCUCUAAAUGCCACUUCUUCAGAUCAAUGGGUCAUAGAUUUCAUUGAGAAUUCUACUUUACUCUUAUUUAGACCGCCUCCUCCUUGA